AUGGAUUCUAAUGCGUUGCUAAGAGACCAGAUAAAACACAAACUUAAUGCAGUUAAUUUGUCAUCUAAACACGUUAAGGAUGCUGCAUCGUUUCUACUCACUCAAGCAGAACAUUCCGAUUUCAUCUCAAACCAAUGGCUGGAAGUAUUCAAAAAUACAAAUAAUCCAAGUUUCCAGUUGGCAUUACUCUAUGUAGCAAAUGAAAUUCUGACAAAAAGUUGUAAAUAUGGUGUUUCAGAAUUUGGUGAAGUGUUAAAACCUUUUGUCAUAGAAGCAACACAAUUUUUAAAACCUGGACCAUUUAUUACUAAAUUAACAAAAUUGAUUAAUUAUUGGACUUAUCGAAAAGUGUUUGAUGUUCAAUUUACAGAACAACUUUUACAAAGAAUAAAUGCUACAGAACAAGUUGAACAGAAGAAUUUAACUUCACCAGUAUGGCAUAAUAAUGCAGAUGAUAUGGUUAAAAAUUUCAGUCCUGAAAAACUACUCGAAACUUUACGAAAAAUAAAACAAUUAGAUGAUUUAUGUGAUCUACACGGGAAAUCUGAUAUCAGUCCAAUUGGAUAUGGUGUACCAAUAGUAAAUACCGUUAGUUCAUUGAAGACUAAAGAUGAAAGUAGAACUUUAACCGAUCAGGUUGGUAAAUGCUGUAAACAUUUAGAAUUUAUGCAUCAAAAGUGUCAAGAACGUUUAGAUGAAAUGAUCGCCUUACAAAGUUUACUUGAAUCAGCUGAAGUAUACUACAACGUUCAAUUGAAAGAAGUUGCUGUUGUUGUGAAUGCUUAUGGUACCUAUGGGAAACGUGUAGCAAAUACUCUAUCACAACUAAAUGAUGUAAUUCAUAAAGAUGAUAUCUCCCCAAAUUAUACUACUACUACUACUGCUAAUACUACUCAUAAAUUAGAAGGGGAAAAGUCUAAAGGAGAUCAUUUAGAUGAAUCAUACUAUUCAGGCAAUGAAUAUGAAAGUUGUGGAGGUGGAGGAUAUUCUGGUGGUGAUGACGACGACGACGAUGAUGUUGGGGAUUACAAUGACACUACUGGUGGUGAUAAUGACAUGGAUGAACGUCAACUAAGCGAACCAAUCGAAUUCAAUACUGAUGAUAAUCAUCAAUCGUCAUUUAGUACUUCAAAGAAAAUGUCAAUGAAUGUAUUUAAUUCACCUGUUGUUGUGAAAUCAAUUCAUGAAAAUCAAUUGAAUGAUUCAUUUAAUACCAUGGAUUCAUUGAUGAAUAGACCAAUAGGGAUAGCGACAGUAACAACCGCACCACAACAAACACCACCACCACCAACAACAACAACAACCUCACCAUUUGGUUUUCCAAUAUUUCAACCAAUAUGUGAUGCAUCAGGAGAUGUUGACUAUAGGGUAUUAUUAAAUCCUGCAUUACGUAACCUUACAAAUAAUGAUACUAUGAAUAUUAACAACAGAAGUCAAGAAAUCAAUCAAUCAUUGAAGUCAUCAUCCAUAGAUGAUCUAUCUAGUGAUAAUGAUAAUAAUAAUGAUAAAAGUUUUCAUAAAAUACGAUUCCCUGUAAAACAACAACGACAACUUAGUCCAAAUAUGACAAACACAGUUUAUCCUAAUAAAGUUGUAUUGACUACCACAAUGGAACCUGAACCAAUUGAAAAUGAACCGUUUUGUAAGGAUGGUAAUCAUAAUGAAGAUGAGGCAGGAGAAGACGAAGACAAUAUGGAAGUAUCUGAUGGUGAAGAUCCUGAAGUCGACAAUGUAGACAACGACGACGAUACAAAGAAGAAGAAGACGACGACGAUGAAAAAGGCGAAUGUUGACACUAUCCAGCAGCUUAUAACUUCAGAUACACAAGAUAAAGAUUGGCGGAUAUUUACGCAACAAUUACCACCUGAAGUCAGGCCAUUAUCUCAUCUUUCACCAUCGUCAUCAUCAUCUACAGCUCCUAGUGGAAAUAUUCCAUCUCCUUGUAUACGACGACCACCAGUGCCAUUGCCGCCGCCGCCACCACCCCCACCAGCGAAGGAUCCAAUCGGUUGGACUCUACCGCUUGAACCAAUUCUCCAGCCAAUUAUCCCAAUCAAUCAAUCAAAUCCUCUGCCUAGUCCUUCACCGAUUUGUAUACCUCCACCGCCUCCACCUCCACAAUUUGUUGGUGUUGGUGUUGGUGCUGGAUUAGGACGCGGUCAACAGUCAUUUAGUCCACCGCCACCACCACCACCACUCCCUUCAACAUUGAAUGAAUUAACAGGUUAUCAUCAUAUCCCAACAGCAGUACUAGGAGGAGGGGGAGUAGUGGUAGCGCCACCAUUGCCGCGGCCACGGCCACUGCCUCCUCCACCUCCACCUCCACUACUGUGUCCACCACCUCUUGUUGUACAACCACCCAUAUCACCAGCAUUGCAUAUGGAUAAAAUCAAUAUGAUCUCAAAUGAUUAUAAUAAUAAUAAUAAUCUAUUAACGAAGAGUAUUGAACCCAAUGUUUUAAUCCCGCCUAAAGUUACCACCGCGUCUUCUACUGCUGCUGCUGCGCCGCCUCCUCCUCUUCCUACUUCUACGGCUAAUUCAUCAGCAACGACUCAAUCACAAAAUUAUUCAGCUUUUGAUUUAUUGAAAAAUUUAUGUCAAUCCAAUGUCACAAUGAGUGGUAGUGGUCUUUCAAAACCUUCAUCGUCAUCAGUGUCUUUACCGACUUUUCCAUUAUCGUCAACAAUUCCAGCCUCUAGUAGUAUAUCAAAGGAAUAUUCUAGGAGUAUACCUUGUGAACAAGCAAUAAAUUCAACAGUUUCCGCUACUGGUCGUCCUGAUGGCAGUGGUGGUGGUGGUGAUUUAUUGAAUCCAUCAAAAGUUAGUCAUACAUUGAUGCAUGAGACGAAUAGUAAUCCACUUGUAAAUAGUGAUGAUAACAAUACUACUACCACUACUACUACUACUAAUAAUAAUAAAUCAACAGAAGAUCCAUUUGCUAUUAUUUCUCGACUAACUGGUCUUUCUAAUUUAAUAAAGAAUAUUCCAAUACAAUCAAGUUUGAGUGCAAUCCCAGUGACUUCUCCAACUUUAAUCAAUUCUACAGAAUCUUCACGUGAUAAUAAUAAUAAUAAUAGUGAGAUGUCCAACUGUCGUCUCCAAUCAAUACCAACAACAACAACAAUAAUAAUAACAGAGGGAUUAAUGAAUACUUCACCUGCUUUUAUUACUCCUCCGAUCACUACUCAUACGUAUACUCCAUGCUCUGCCGCUAAACGUUCUAGAUUUUCAGAUAUUCCACUGUCGGAAGGUGGAAUUGUUGACCAACGGACAAUACCGUUAAGUGUAUGUACUACUGAACAACUACAACCAGUGUUAUCAUCUAAUAGUACAGUUCCGUAUUCUUUCUCCUCUGUUUCCUCUUCGGCUUCCUUCGCUUCUUCUUCUUCGACUUCUUUUCCAUCUACUAGUUUAGAUAUAAAUUAUUCAUCUAAUGGGAAAUUAUCAAUUUCAAAUAGUUUUAAUAAUGAUCUUUAUGAUGAAAGUAUUCAUGAGAGAAGAGAUCAUUCAAUGACAAGUAAUAAUAAUAAUAAUAUUAAUAACAACAGUAUUGGUGAUGAUGAUGUUGGCGAUUGUGACGAUGGUAGUGAUGGUAGUGGUGGUGGUGAUACACCUACUCAAGAUGAAAGAGAAGAUGAUCAUCAUCAUCCAAUCUCUGGUAUUCCACAAAACAGAUCCUUAGGAUCGAUUCAUCCAUUCAAUACAUCAACAUCCAGCUUGGCAGAUUUAUUAAUCCCUAACGAUAAUAAUAAUAACGAUAAUAAUUCAUGUCAUGGUGUGGAUCCAAAUUCUUUCCUGUCGAAGAAUCCCAUGCAUAGCAUUUCACAAUCAUCAUGUAUGUUAUCAUCGUCAACAACAUCAUCAUCACAAGGCUAUGGAGUAUCAUUUACUAAUAACAGUAAUCUGAUGAACACUUCAACGCCACCUGUCAGUUGUAUCGGCUUACCCUUUACACAAUUCUCUAUGAUACCACCAAAUGUUAUGCCAUCUAUAAUGACAGGAAGCAACACAACUAACAUGUCUGUUACAAGUUGUUCACAGGUGCCUCCUGGUGGUAUCACUGGCGGUGGUUUAAUGUGUUAUCAAUCUCCAAGAAUUCCAUUACCAUCACCUCCUCGAGGAUUACCACCUGGUGCUUUUAUGCUCUCUCCACAACAUCAACACCAACAACAGCAACAAAUACGUCCAAUAAUGUCUUCUCUCCUACCUGGAAAUAUACAACAAAUGCCUUCUUCUUCAACAUCAUCAGAUUGGUCUAAAUCUGUGGUAAUCAACAAUCAAUUACGUCAACAGCAACAACAACAAUUACAACCGCCACUAGUAAUACAACAUUCCUCGAAUGAUUUUUGGUCAAUGAUGAGUACAGUUCCUCCACCACCUCCUCCUUCUCAUUCUCUAUCCUCGUCAACUCGACCUCCACAAGGAUCAUUACAGUUGCGUCAAUCAUCAUUUCCUCCUACAUUUAAUCCAUCACAAAUUCGUUCACAAACUCCAUCAUCAAUUGGGAUAUUCAAUCGCUUUGCAAUCCAUAAACCAAGAUAG